AUGUUCCAGUCAGCCCAUUCUCUGGCCGUCGCUGCCCUUGGCUUGUCGGCUUCAGCCCUGGCUAUUCCAGUUCGCCGUGAUGUCUCGGCGGACGUGUUGGCCAACCUGAACCUCUUCGAGCAGUACUCAGCCACUGCGUACUGCGCUUCCGAUUAUAAUGCUGCCGCCGGAGCAACUAUUUCUUGCGAGGCAGACAACUGUCCGCUUGUCCAGGAAGCUGGUGCAACAGCUCUCUACUCCUUCUAUGACGUUGGAACCGGCGACAAUACCGGACUCAUCGCCAAAGACGACACCAACAAGCUGAUUGUCCUGACAUUCCGCGGCUCCCACAACUUUGAGAACUGGAUUGCCAAUCUCAAGUUUGCCAAGAUCGACGCCUCGGCGACGUGCGAUGGAUGUGAAACUCAUGAUGGGUUCACCAAGGCGUGGCAGUCGGUCUCUGCCAAUAUCACGGCCCAGUUGUCGGAUGCAGUUUCUGCCAACCCGGAUUAUCAGAUUGUCGCCACGGGCCACAGCCUGGGCGCUGCCCUAGCGACUCUCGCGGCGGUCGACCUGCGCCUUGCUGGAAACAAGGUUGACUUGUAUACAUAUGGCUCCCCCCGUGUCGGCAACACUGCGUUUGCAACCUUCCUCUCGUCACAAUCCGGUGGAACCAACUACAGAGUCACGCACACGGAUGACCCCGUCCCCAAGCUGCCUCCUCUCGACUUUGGCUACAGCCAGCCAACUCCAGAGUACUGGGACACGGCGGCCACCAACGCCAGCGUCAAGGGGACGGACAUCACGGUCGUCCAGGGCAUUGACUCGGACCAGGGCAACGACGGAACUCCCACGGGACUGGACAUUGCCGCGCACCUGUGGUACUUUAACGGCAUCGCGAAGUGCGCGAUGGAACUGGCUGGACCUGGAUCGACUGGAAGAGCAUCAAAGAGAGUUGUUGCAAGAGCGUCGGCCGUCGCGAUGCUCCUCCAUGGAACGGUGAAGCCCAUGAGACCGGUUUCAGGCCGUCGCCGCCUGAGGCCUCUCAUCCUGGCCCUGAUGGUUCUGUGUGGUAUCUACUGGAUUUCGACAACCCCGAAUCACCGCCUGUCGACCUCGAUAUCGUCGUCACGAUCUUCGUCACGCAGUCCGGCCAGCUUGGAAAGGUUCUCGAGCCCGAAUGCAAAGGCCGCAGGGGCCGGCCUUCAGGUGCCGGUCUCUGCACCUACGCCUGCGUCGACGGCCUCUAAAAAGGAUCUGGUCGUUGCGAGCAUGCUGGGAGACAACACCACCUGGCUUUAUGAUAACCUACCCGACUGGCGGAAGAAUGUGUUUGUCGUUGACGAUAAAACGGCCGACUUGACUGUUGUGAAGAACAAGGGCCGGGAGUCGAUGGUAUAUUUGACUUACAUUAUUGACAACUACGACCAUUUACCGGAUCACAUGCUCUUUAUACACUCCUCGCGAUACCAAUGGCACAACGAUGACCCGUACUACGACGGUGUCCCCAUGAUCAACCGAUUUCAGAUCCCGUACCUUGAAGAGGUCGGAUACGUCAAUCUGCGUUGCGCCUGGGUCCUCGGUUGCCCAGAAGAAAUCCAUCCGAUGACAGACAGCGACAUAGAUGUCGUACACGCCGGUGCAUAUUUUAUGAAUGGCUUCAAAGCACUGUUUCCCGGGACUAAGGUCCCGGAUGCUGUCGGGGUCUCGUGCUGCGCCCAGUUUGGCGUGGCCAGAUGGAAAAUCUUGGAGCGGCCAAAGAGCGACUACCAGCGCUACAAGAAGUGGCUGCUCGAGACGGAUCUCGACGAUGCGAUGAGUGGGCGGAUUAUGGAAUACUCGUGGCACAUGAUCUUUGGAAUGGAGCCAAUCCAUUGCCCCGACGCUGCAGAAUGUUACUGCAAAGUUUGGGGACUAUGCGACCUGAAUUGCUCACCAUGGGAUUGCGAGGACCGAUAUAUCCUGCCUCCCUUUUCAAACCUGCCAGAGGGAUGGCCAUAUAUAGGAUGGAAUGGAGAACCACAGGAUCCCACUGCACGGGACGUCCCAGAAGUUAUCUUCUAG